AUGGAUGUGAGAAGUGCAAGUUUCCAUCCAAUCGAGCCUGUUUUAGCUUGUGCAUUGUUUAGUGGAGGGAUCCUACUAUUCAAGGGUUCCAAGCAUCCUACUUCUCUUUCAACUUGGAAACUGCAAUGUCAAUUUCGGUGUGAAUAUUCGGUGAUGUCCUUAAACUUUGAUAAGAUCGGGACUAAACUAGCUGGGGGAUGCUCUGACGGAACUCUAAUUGUUUGGUGUUAUCGGACUGGCCAGAAACGAGUUUUACCCGUUAAUAGACGAUUAGAUUUCCCCUUGACCGUUUGGAAUCCAUUCGAUUUAAACGUUUUGGCCAGUUAUAACAAUUCAAUGGACUGUAAAGUGGUGGUGAUUUUCAAUGCAGCUAUCGGCCAUUUCUAUUUGCUCCAAUCAAAAGAAAAUGUCUGGUGCGUCGAUUGGAUUUCGCGAAACCGACUCGCUUGCAGUUACGACGACGGCACGGUCAAAAUUCACGAAAUAGAACUCGGCUUUAUCUCCACCAGCAAUCUAGUCAAGAAACUCGUAGUGAGCACACAUUUCACGUCAAAGAACCAAGUGUUCCCUUAUCCAAAAAACAUGGGAAUGAAAUCUAAUGUUUGGAGUAUUGCCUGGAACGAACAAUUGCAACUUUUAGCCGUCAGCUCACACGACGGUUGGGUCAAGCUUUGGUCGAUGGAUAGUCAAGAUCCUGUACACACGAGGCACUUCAGCUCGUUUUGUUGCCAUUUGGUUUGGAGUCCAAUGGAACUUCCAUCGUCAAACAAGGAUCCAUUGGAAGGAGAAAGGGAACCUUAUCUUGCGAGCGGAAUGGAGGACGGAUCAAUUUCGAUAUGGGCACCACUGGGGAAAAAUAUGCGGCCGUUUUUAUUAUUCGAUGGACAUACAGAGCAGUUGCAUGAAGUUUCGUUUUCACCUAACGGACGCUAUCUCGCAUCGACUGAUUUUGAAAGAAAACUGGUUAUCUGGUCAACCAAGACAUGGAACAUUAUCUACACCCUCCCACCAUCAGGAUGUCGAUUUCCUUACACCAUUUCAUGGGACGCGACCAGUUCAAAGCUAUGCAUUACAGAAAAAACUGGUCUCAAACGGUUCCUAACGAUUGAAUACUUCGCAACUGAAAACAAAUGCGCCAAAUGUAACAAAACUUCCCAGAAUGUGAAGCGUUGCAGCCGCUGCCGUUCCGUCUUCUAUUGCAGCAAGGAAUGCCAAUUUUCCCACUGGUCAAAUCAUAAAACAGUUUGCCAGAAAAAGUGAAUUUCAUAUGCGACUAUUCAAACGACCCGUCCUGCGAAUCCCCCUUUUUGUUUAAUGUAAGAAAUGUGAAAUUAACUUUGAGUGAAUGUCUCUAAUAGUCAGUUUGUAAAUUCGUCAUGCAUUUCAAAGUGACAGGACAUAAAAUUAAGACAUUUUUGUUAUGAAUUAUUUCGUAAAUACAAGUAGCCAUUGAAAAGGACAAACGAAA